AUGAUUUUAAUUUUUCUUCUUUGCUUGGAUGCUUUAAAAUCAAUUGAAAUUUAAACUUUAGACCCUUAUUAUCAAGUUGCUUAUCAAUCGGUAAAGAUUGAUGAUGAGAUUAUUCAGCCAAACCAAUUUUUUAGUUAUGGUCUUUGGUCUCGAUAUAAUCCUUUAAGUGCUAUAUCUUAAGUUGGUCCUGUUGGAAUUUUUGGAAGUAAUUGCUACUAAUUACUGAAUAUAAUUGAUAAGGUAGAUGGUGGAAUAACUUUUAUGUAUUUCGAUUGUUUACAUAAUGAGAAAUAUCAAAUAACAAAAGAAAUCAAAUUUGUUAAUGAUAAUGGAGAAUAGAAAGUUUAUGAAACUCAGAUUGAAGCAUAAGAAUAUGAAAGCUUUUGGUAUUUUCUUGAAAUAAUCUAAUGGCCAAUUAAAAAAAGAUUUGAAAUUUUUAUAAUAUCCCAAAAAGAAUAAAAAUUUUUUAUAAUGGAUUAAAUGAAAUCCCCAUUUAAGGGAAAGGAUUUACAAUUAACUUUUGGAGGAAGCUUGAUUGUAAGUAAAUCGAAAAUAGAAUCAGUGUUAAUCAAUCAGAAAUUCUCAUACUUUCCUGGAAAAAUUAUCAUGUAAUAGUUUAAGAUUCUGGAAGAAUUAAGUAUUGAUGAUUGGUUUGAAUAUGCAAAAAGUGUUUUUGAAGAGUAUGAAACUUGUAAUUGCUCGCCUAAUCAAGAAUUUUAAAUUCCAGAUUUAAACAUUAGCUCUAUUUAAAAGGGAGAAUUUGUUUCAGAAAAUAAAAAUUGCAAUUCUUUUUUUAUUUAAGGUUGGUUUAAAAUUUAAUAAAUUAUGGAUAAAGACUAUGUAUAUCUUUAUCCAUUUAUAAAAUUAGCAGGCAAUUUUGAAAAUCCAAAUUUAUCUAGUAAUAAUUUAUCUCCUGUUUAAGUAUUUUAUAAAUUGUCCAAUAUUUAACAUUAAAUUCUAAUUACUACAUAUAGUUUCACUUUUCCAUCAGUAACAAUAGAUUUCUAAGCUAAUCCUUUUUUAAUUGAGAAAACUUUUGAUAUUGUAAACAGUAUUACAUUAUGGCAUAAGAUUUAGAUUUAAUUGGAAAAUAGUUUAAUGGAUAUCUAGAUUAAAUUCUAUGAUAACUAUAUGAUUCAUGAAUAUAAUUAAUAAUUAGAAGUCCGUUAAUUUUAAGAGAAUUAAUUUAAAUUAUAAUUAGGAAAUUAUUAAUAGCUUGAAACAAAUCAGGUAAACUUAUUGAUACGAAACUUUGUUUUUUUUAAUUGUAAUUAAUCUUUUUCUUAAAAUAAUUGCCAUUAUACUUGUUAGGAAUGUGAUGGACCAACAAAAGAUGAUUGUUUAUCAUGUUCCGAAGAAAGCAAGAGAAUUUAUUUACCUGAAUAUAAAGUAUGUGUUUGUCCAUUAGAUACAAUCGAUAAUUUAAUUUUUAUAGAUUAUCUUGUAGCAUAGAUGAUGUUAAUCGAAGGAACAUUUACCAAUAAAGAAUGCCAAUAUGGCUAUUAUGAAUUAGAUGAUGAAUGCUAGAAAUGGUAUUUAUAAUUAUAAUUUAGUCCUUCAAUUAUCAAUUAAUAUUUGAUAACUUGUUUAGAAUGCAUCUAUAAUCCUAAAUCCUUUAGUAAAAAGCCAUAUUGCGGAGAUGUUUUAUCUAUUAGUUAAGCAAGCUAAACAGAAAAUUUUUACUGUUAAUUGCCAGAAUUAUUACUUUUUGAUGGCAUUGAUCAAAAUAAUUGUGCAUGUGGAAAUUUUAAAGCUUAAUCGAUAAUGAAUUAGAAAAUAUAUAUGUUGACUUCACAUAAAAAUCUUUAUAUUUUAAAAGCAUAUGUAUAACAGAAGAAUUUAGAUGUUAUUAAGUUAGUCAUUUUGAAUGUCCUGAAUAUUAUUUAUCAAUAGCUGGUAUUAAAUGUUCAUCAAAAAAGGAUGAAUUUGAAAAUUUUUAAGGAUAAUUUAAUACAUAAUUUGAUUAUAUUAUUACUUUUAAUUGUCAGUCUCUUAACUAUAUUACAAACCUUUACCAAUGCAAAUUAUGCCCUAUAAAAAACUGUAUAUAUUGUUUUGAAUACCAAUAAGGAGAUUCUUCCUUUAAAAGCACCUUGUAUGAGGAUUUUGAAAAUUUUGAAAUAGAUUAAAGCAUGUAAAUUGGUUGUGCGAUGUGUGAAUAAAAUUAUAUAUUUGAUUUUACUAUUGGCGAAUGCAUAGAAUAAUAAUCAAAAAUAUAAACAUGUUUGA